GACUGGUCGGCGACGCGGGACGAGCUGGAGCUGGGACUCGGCGUCCGUCCGUCCGCCUCCCCGUCGGCUCGGGUCUAGCCCUCCCAGCGAUGCCGUUGUCUCCCCGCUGAUCCGAUAAUGCAAUGGCGCUCGAUAGUGCUGGGCCUCCUGCUCUUGAGGCUGGGCCUCCACCUCACGCUAUGGCUCCUCUUCGGCUUUGGACCCAGCAUGGGCAUCUACCGGAGCUUCGUGCCCUUUCGUUUCGGCUUCAGUGUGGUCCGGCAGGCCGAGGCUCAGACCCAGAACCAGGCCCAGGCCGCCAAGCAGCCGUCAUGGUUCGACCAGACUUGGGUGCGGGGCCAGGUCGCGGAAGGUCACUCCCUGACCAUUGGGGACCCGGUGGUGUGUAAGAGGCGCCCGCCCCCCGCUACCAGGCCCGCUGGCACCGGCUACAAUUUCUUGGACAGUUUCGGGGAGUACAGCCGCAAGUACAGCGCCUUCCCCGAGCCGCAGCGCCGCCGCAUGAAGGAGGCCGCCCUUCGCAUGUUCUACUUUGGCUACGAGAACUACAUGGAGCACGCUUUCCCUGAGGACGAACUCAAUCCCAUCGACUGUCGGGGCCGGGGACCUGACCGGGAUAACCCUUCAAACAUAAACAUUAAUGAUGUCCUUGGGAACUAUUCUUUAACACUGAUCGAUGCACUUGAUACACUAGCGGUUUUGGGCAAUGCUUCAGAGUUCAAAAGAGCAGUGAAGCUUGUAAUUACCACAGUCUCCUUUAAUAAAGAUUCAACCGUGCAAGUCUUUGAAGCAACGAUCAGGAUUUUAGGAAGCCUGCUUUCUGCUCACAUGAUCAUAAUGGAUCCUGCUCAGCCAUUUGGAAACAUGGCUCCAGAGGGUUACGAUGAUGAGUUGCUUCACCUAGCUCGUGAUUUGGCUGUGAGAUUGUUGCCAGCGUUUGAAAACACCAAAACUGGCAUUCCUCAUCCAAGGGUGAAUCUAAAGAAGGGAGUGCCUUCUACUUGUCUUAAUGAAACAUGCACUGCUGGAGCUGGUUCUCUGCUUGUGGAGUUUGGAAUCCUCAGUCGCCUCAUUGGGGAUUCUACAUUUGAGUGGGUAGCUCGCCAAGCAGUGAGAGCUCUCUGGAAGCUGAGAAGUGAUGAGACGGGACUCCUAGGGAAUGUGGUAAAUAUUCAGACUGGACAAUGGGUUGGGAAACAGAGUGGCUUGGGAGCAGGAAUGGACUCUUUCUAUGAGUAUCUUCUGAAAUCCUACAUAUUGUUUGGAGAAAGCGAAGACCUGGAGAUGUUUAAUGCUGCAUAUGAGAGCAUUCAAAAUCAUCUGAGAAGAGGGCGUGAAGCGUGUAAUGAGGGAGAGGGAGAUCCUCCGCUUUAUGUUAAUGUGAAUAUGCUGAACGGCCAACUGAUGAAUACAUGGAUUGAUUCACUACAGGCCUUUUUCCCCGGUCUUCAGGUUUUGACAGGUGAUGUAGAAGAUGCUAUUUGCCUUCAUGCAUUCUAUUAUGCCAUAUGGAAACGGUACGGGGCUCUUCCAGAACGAUAUAACUGGCAGCUUCAAGCACCUGAUAUAAUGUUUUACCCACUGAGGCCUGAAUUAGUUGAGUCGACUUAUCUAUUGUAUCAGGCAACAAAAAACCCUUUCUACUUGCAUGUGGGAAUGGAUAUCCUUCAGAGUCUGGAGAAGUACACCAAAGUCAGAUGUGGUUAUGCUACACUUCAUCAUGUAAUAGACAAGUCAAAGGAAGAUCGAAUGGAGAGCUUCUUUCUCAGUGAGACCUGUAAAUAUUUGUAUUUGCUAUUUGAUGAAGAUAACCCAUUGCACAGAUCAGGGAGCAAAUAUCUUUUCACAACAGAAGGCCAUAUUUUGCCAAUAGAUAAGAUUUUCAGAGAAAAGUCAUGGGAAGAUACCACCUCAAAAGAAGAGGGUUUUGUAGAUAACUCUGGCGAGCUGGACCACAGACCUGCUAAUUCCAGCAUUAAUGUAAUGUAGCAGGGUCCCCAGUGAGCGGAGAUAUGCACUGCCUUUGAAAGGAGUUUACAUGCAGCAGAUUGACCAGAUGGUGGGACUUCUUUAAUCCAACCUCAUCUCUUAUGCACAGAUGUACAGGGACUUACUUCAGCUAUGCAAUUUUUAUUUUUUUUGUAUAUAAAUGUGUUAGCAUUUAUUUAUUGAUUUUUACAACAUCUCUGAAAAUAUUUCUAGGACUUGUAAUAUCAAAGCAGAGAUGAAAAUACAUCUGCACCUUGCUUCUAUGCAAGGGGGGGGAAAGGCUUUGUUAAAAUAGAUUGUUUUUUGAUGCACGGUGUCUUCUAUGAAGACAUAAAAUUAAUAUUUUGUCUACAGUGCUUAUCUAGAAAAAGAUAAAAUAUAAAAGACGUGCUAGACAUUUGUUUAAAUCCACUUCUGUUAGUGUGCCCUAUCUUAAAUAUGCAGCAGUGUGAAAUAGGAAAGAUUCAAUGAAAAUUGAUAUCCAUUUUUUUUUUACUGAUGCAUUUCCUUUGAAUUGUUGUAAGAAUCAAGCAAUGCUCUAAAGAACUGGACUGGAAAUAUCAUUAAUACAGCCUUGAGUCUAACGGUCUAAUGUUGGGUGCUGAGUGUCUAUAGCAAAAGAAAAUGUAAUCAACUUUGGUUUUGGUUAAUGUGCCUUCAAACUAUCAGUGUAUUUAACAAAAAUAUCUGGUGUCAUGUCUGUCUGGGCAUCAAACUACAUUGUUUUAUGUUAGCGCUUUAAUGUGUGUUCCAUGUACAUUAAUUAGAUUGUUUGGUUCCAGGCUAAUUGAAGACUGUUUAUAACAUAGUUUGCCAUAAUCACACUCAUUAACUUCAUUAUGAUUUAUUUUUAUGGAUGAUUUUAUGUGAUCUGUGUUCAGAAAGUAAAGCUCGUUUGCAUCUUGUUGAUACAUAUGUAAAAACAGCUGAGGUGUCACUGAGUGCUAUAACGUGGCACAAAGCAUCCAUAACUUUGAUUGUUUGAAGGGAAUUUUGGAAUUCUGUUCAUUGCUUCACUCACAUUGAUGCAAAUAUGUUUGAGUGCGAUGAAAUUUGGAUCAAAUCAACAUGAUUACAAUUCCUUCAGAAGGCCAUCUUAAAAUAGUUGGAUUUCAUUUUGCUAGCAUUUGCUUCCCAUAACUUCUAUCAAAUUAUAAAUGCUAACUGUGAACUCCGCUACUCACUCUGCUCUUCUGCAACAAUAAUCAACCUGUCAAGCGUCAUGAUGAAAAUUAACUUUCCACAAAUAGGCAAUUACUUCAUUACAAUCCCCAUUAUGUGUCUUGGUUUGACCUUGGAUGGGGAUGGUUUAAGUGGAAUAGAUCAGGCUAUUGCAGUGGAAUAUUUAUUAACCUCUUCACAAAGCAGAAUUUUACAUUUCCCGCACUCUUAAUUUCCCAAUAUAUAUUGUAUUUGAACAACUGUCUUUAAAAUUGCACACACAUAUUAAACUAAACCACAUUUCUUCUUGUGAGGUUGUGUGAGCAUGCAUUUGUGCACACUUUUUUUGCUCUGUUCUGUCAUUAUAAAGUCCAUGUGCGAAAUUAUGAAUACUUAAGGACCCCUAGCCUGUGUUCAACCACAGUACUAUUUAGUUUUUUUAAGUUGUAGGGUGAAGAGAGUGGAGGAAGUUAACUUAUCCCAAGUGUGACUAGAUGAGUCCAUAAGCUAAAGUUUAAUAUUUUAAGAACAAACAUUUGUGUAGUUUGUGGUGGUGAUGGGGUGCCUUAGUGUGGAAGUUAACUCGGGGUAUCCAGAUUAGCCAAAGGAAAUUAGGGUGAACAUUGAUAAUGCCACGUGGCAACACCUUGUUACUUCCAGUCUGUGAUUACCUCUAACUGAGCUUCAGCAGCUAUCUCUUGCCAUCAUCGCUUACAUUAGUAAUGCUCCAUUGCUCAGUCAUCAUAUUUCCAAAAUGUGGGCUUGCUUGGAUUCUUGUAUUCAACAGCAUUCUCAGUUUGCCGUUGUUGCUCUGACCCCACCCCUCUGCUCUCCCCUCCCAUUCACUUUUUAAACUUGGCUUUCCUCUCACCAUCCUGUCUUUCAUUAACAGCCCUGCCAAUCUCUCUCACCCCCUGGCCCACCCUCCACCAAACUGACUCCCCCUAUUCCCCAUAUUCUUUCCUUGUUCAUUCCCUGGCCCUCAUCUUUGUGUUCUUUGUUCCGAUCGUGAUCCUGAUCUUGUUUUCUCACCUUCUGUGCAUUCCCUCUGUUCCCUACUCCAUCCUGGCCCAUAUCCGUUCUUCUCCCCAAAGAUAAAUAAUUUGAUUUCUGUUCAGUCUUUCCCAGAGAUUGGGAAAUCAUGGCCCAGCCCUGUUCCCUCCCUCCAGGAGUUAGCUGCAGUUUUCACUAAAGAACGUCAUUUAUUCUUUGCAGAUCAAUUGAUAUUACUUUAAUAUAUUAUUACUUAAUAUAUUUGAAUGAGUUUACCUGUUUUUUUUUUCCCAACCCACAAUUUACCUGCUGUUUUAAUGUUAUCAGUGACUUUAUGUUAACCAUUGUGCAAUCAGCAGAAACCUCCAGAUCCCCAUACUUAUGUGAAAGUAAAAAAAUGUCAGAUUAGGGCAUGAUCAUAUAAGACUCUCCUUUCUGUAAUGUGUGCAAUGAUGAUGCCAAAUUUUUAGGUAUGAUGGCCAAAAUUAUGAUUUAUAUGCCUAUUGGUCCUUUUACAUAAUUGACCAAUUGCAGCGGUAGAGGUGACAAAGUGCAAAAGAUCUGCCUCAUUUUUAACUUGUAAGUAAAGGUUUCUUGCCAAACAUUGUUUUCUUACAGAUAAUAGUAUUUACUCGAAAGCAGGAUGUUUAAUAUAAAGAACAAUGCUAAACUAUCAAUGUUUACCAAAAUCAAUGUGCAAUACACUGUUGUAUAGAAGGAAAUGUUUUAAAUAAAAUAAAUUUUAUUUUCCCAGAAAUGAGCAAUGGUAUUAAAAUUGUCAAAGGACCAAACAAAUGUCAAUAAAAAUACAAUGCCAUUUUUUUUUUUGUUGCUGCUCUUUUUUUCCUUUCCAUUGUCUGAGUCAAAACAUGCACUCUGUAUCUUCUAAUCUCACUAAUAGUUUUGCAUAGAAAUUGCAGGCUUUUCCACAGCUGAAUGGUCUUUUCCAAAGCUUGCUACGAUAUCUAAAGCAAAGGAUUAAACUCAUUUUUUUUCUCACCAGACUCUUGUUUUCUGCACAAAAACACGAAUCCCCUAAAACCAUGCCAGCUCCAUUAAUUAUUAAUCUAAUAUAGUCUCCCAUGUUGUCCAUUGUCAAUAUUUGACAUCCAACCUUCUCUCCAAAUUUCAUCCAUUGCUAAUUUAAAAAAAUCAGUUCCCGCUAUCCAGUACUUCAAAAUACAUUUUAUAUGUUAAUCUUGCAGACCAUUCUAAUGUGACAAGCUUAUGGUUUGCAAUCUUAAUAUUCAGCCAAUUAUAUGACAUGCAGUGUCCCUUUACAACGGACUUGGAGAAAUAAACGCACACACCUUGUAACUUUUUAGAAUAACAUCAAGUAGCUCUACAUAAAUAAAUCCCAGUCUAUCCAUUCUCCCUGUAACUUAAGCCCACAAGCCAAAGUAACAUCCCUGCGAAUCUCUUCUGCAUCCUUUCCAGUUUAAUUGCAUCCUUCCUAUAGCUGGGAAGGCAGAACUGCACACAUUAUUCCAAAUGUGGGCUUGCCAAUUACCUGUAAGGCUGCAUCAUGAUGUCCCAACUUUUGUACUCGACAGCCUUCACAAUGAAGGCAAGUGUGCCAAACACCUAUUCACCACUUUCUCCACCUGACUUGCCACUUUCGGGGAAUUUCCUAGAUUGCUCUGUACUGCAACACUCUAGGGCUCUACCAUUUAUUGUGCACGUCCAGUCUUGGUUUGACAUUCCAAAGUGUUAACAUGUCACACUGAAAUUCCCAAGUGAUCUAGAUCAUGUUGUAAACUUUGAUCUGGUUGUCCACUGUACCACCAAUCUUGAUGUCACCUGCAAAUUUAUUAACAAUGUUAUUUACAUUGUCACCCAAUCGUUAAUGUAGUAACCACUGAUUUGUUGCUAUCCUUCAGCAAUUUCCUAUUCACUUUGUUACUGAUCUUGUUUCAGGGCCUCAUUUUGCAACCAGCCUUUUUUUAAAUGUUUCAGACAUAAUCUGAAAAUACAUUUUGACCAUAUCUGUUGCAUUCCCCUGACCCACCUUCUGUGCUGUGUAAUCAAAAGUCUUCGUCAGAUUGGUGAAAUGUAAUUUUCAAUGAGCAAAUCUAAGCUGUCUUGUAGCUCCAGCAACGCAGUCCUGACUGUGACCUUAGUCAAUGUCUGUGUGGAGUUGGUCAAUAGUCUUUCAAUUACAGCACUCUUCUGCGCGCUCCAGUUCCUUCCACGCCAGUCUGAGAAUGCAUUCAGAUGUGCAGGCAAAUGAUGAAUGGGACUCAUGGGAUUGUUGACCAUAGUGUGGUGGUCAGGAUGGUGUGGGUGUGAUGGAUUGAUAGAUACAGCAUGGCAACAGGCUCUCACUGAUACCAUUGUGAAGAAGGUACAGGAGCCUGGGAACUAUUACCUCCAAUAUCAAGAAGACUUGCAACAAGGCACAAGGAACUGAAGACACUGGUUUAUCCAAAAAAAGACGCAACGUGCUCGAGUAACUCAGUGAGUCAGGCAGCAAUUUUAAAUAACAUGAAUAGGUGAUGUCUCGGGGUGGGAUUGAAACAAUCAGUCUGAAGAAGGGUCCUGGCCCAAAGCACUACCUAUCCAGGUUCUCCCAGUCUAUCUCCUUCCCUCUAUAGAUGCUCCCUGAUUUGCUCAAUUCCCCUGGUAGUUUGUUUUUUGUUCAAGAUUUCAGCAUCUGCAAUCUGUUUUGUCUUCGGUGCUUCUUUCCUCUUUGUCAACAAUGUAUCCUGUUAGCUUUUUAAAAAGCAUUUAAGCCUCUGGUGAGAAGGAAAGUUUUUUAUUUGAAUGGCUCAAUCAAACAUCAGCAGUACUGGGCUGUUCCAUGGGCUUCACAGUCUCCUCCUGACUUUGCUGUUCAAAUGAGAAGAGCGAGCGAACGCGUGGACAGACGGACGAAAGCAACGAUCAUAGAGCAGCAUAGGUGGACAUUUCGGGCAGAGACCCUUCCUCAGACUGACAUAGUCAAGGAAAACGGGAGAUGUAGGCAUAUCUUCAAUUCAUUUGUCCUUAGUACCGUCUAUAUCUCUUGCUCCUCUUUCCCCAUGAAGAAGGGUCUCGACCCGAAAAGUCACCUACAAAAGUCUUUGGUCACCUAUGCCGCUCUAUGAUCGUUGCUUUCACACACACACACACACACAGCAUGUCCGACAGAUCAUUGCAGGCCGAGAGCAGGAGCAGGGUGAAGGAUGACAUCAAAUGGGUCAUGGCAGCUAUCGAAAAAGUACAGAAAUGGUAAGGGGGAAAUUAAAAAAAAAAUAGAUGCUUAACAAAAAAAAGGGGCCUUUAUUUAGCAAUGUUACAAAAUUUUGAGAUUUUAAAAAUCAAGUCUACAAUUUAUCCCAUCAGAUAAAGCAUAAAAAGAAGUUUAAUUUGACACCUAAUUCACUUUCAUAUCUUCAGUAUUAAAAAAGUUAUGGCCAUUUUCGUACUCGGAAAUUAGCAUCUUGUUCCCUAUUGAUUUUCUAUUGACUUAACACAAAAGCUGUGAUCGAGGACAGUCUAAAGCCCAUAACUUUAUUAAAAAUUAAGAGAACUGAAAGAAAUAUUUA